AUGGCAUCAAAUCCACAACCUGGAGGCAACAAUAAUGUGUCUAUUGCGGCCAACAAGAUCUCCACUAAUGGUUGGACCCGGAAAGAGAGACCUUGUGACUCGUGCCGUCGACGCAAGAGUCGAUGUAUCAUCCCUCAGGAUGCAGAAACUUGUAUAAUGUGUCAAUCGAGGGGAGAGCAAUGCACAUUUGUACAGAAUCCUCAGCGGAGGAAGAGGAGGAAGGUGGAGGAAGACAGUACGGGGAGUCCAGAUACCAGCAAGCCAAGAUCACCCGAAUCAGAGAGAAAUGUCCACGCCAAGCCACCCAUUGACGACUACGACUCGCUUCCAGGGCCUUCACUCUUGAAGCAAACGCUAGGUCUACAGAAUCGACAACAUGGGCACUAUCUCGGCCAAACUUCAGAGUAUGAUACUCGUCUUAUCAACCUCUCUCCUUUCAAUGGUCGUGGAGAAUAUGUCAGCACACCCGGAACUCUCCGACGGGUCAGCCCUCAGACCCACUUCAUCAUGAAGUCUGAAAGUCAAACUGAAGUUGAUGAUGAACUGGCAAAUCUGGACCUCGUCGAGAGCAUCGUUCAACCUCACGGUAGAGCAUUGGUCGAUCUCUAUUUCCGUAUCAUUCAUCCCAGCUUCCCCAUCAUGGACAAAAAGGUCUUUCUGGAGAAGUAUGCAAGAACUCAUCGCGAAUUUACCCCGCCUGUCCUGGCCGCUGUGUAUAUUCUGGCCCUCAAUUGGUGGUCAUACAGUCCUGAGCUCGUCAAUCUUCAGAAGCCAGAUAUCCAGAAACUGGAGAAGUUGGUCCCGCAGAUGAUGAGUGUGGUGCUGAACCGUCCAAAGCUCUCCACUGUUCAAGCGGGACUUCUUCUUCUGCAGCGGCCAGACGGUGAUUCUUGGGCUCUCACUGGCCAACUCGUGGCAGUCGCACAGAACUUAGGACUUCAUCUUGAUUGUUCGAGAUGGAGGAUUCCAGAAUGGGAGCGAAGCCUUCGAAAACGACUUGCUUGGGCAUUGUUCAUGCAAGACAAAUGGGGAGCGUUGAUACAUGGUCGCCCGCCACUGAUACAUCUCGAUGACUGGUCUGUCAAACCCCUCGAGACAAGAGAUUUUCCCGAGACCGAAGAUGAGGCCGAGGAAGAGGGAAGUUCGGACAUUGAGACUGGACGACUGACGUUUGUUCACAUGAUCUCCUUGACAGAGAUACUGACAGAAAUUUUGGCUACUUUCUUCACUGUGCGAGCGACAGCGAAUUUGAGCAGUGAAAGGGAGAAAGCUAUGAUUGUGACAUUGGAGAAGGCGAAACCGAUUCAAUUGAGGCUGAAAGAUUGGCAUUCAAAAUUGCCUCAAUCUCUGGCUAUCACUCAGACAAGAGCCAGGAAGCUUUCUCCAACUGGCUCCCUUCAUCUGGCGUACUUUGCCACCGAAGUUACUCUUCACCGAGCCAUCAUUCGAUUCGAUUCGACAUACAUGGAUGCGAACAUUCGAUCAAUCACGCGCUCUGCUGCAAAAGCUAGGUUCACAUCUGCAAUUGACCUCGUCAGCAAGUUGGAGCCAGCACACCUUCAAUGCUUCUGGUAUUUUUGUUCUAGGGUGAACCUCGCCAUCAUCGGUACCUUUGGCAGCUUGCUCUGGGCGACGUCAGACAAUUCAGAAGAAGCCGAAUUCUACAAGGCUCAGCUCGCAGAGUACAGAUGGACAUUGAGAGUCAGCAGUAAAGCUGCGGAAUUCAUGAAGUUCACCGUCGGAAUGCUAGAUGCUAGUCCUGUGUUCAUGAAGGAGAAUGGUUCCAAGACCACCACUCCCAGCAUGCCUCGAGACCACUCUCAGGACAGCUAUCCGUCCGAGGGUCAUGCGACAUUGAUAGGUCAGACUAUUCAGGAUUUCGAUCAGAACUUGUCCGUCAAGAACUCUCCGAGUGUGGCGACGUCGACUGAGAACAUGUACCAGUACGACCAAGAUUCUGGUUUCAACAUGUCAACAGACCAUCGUCCAAGCUGGUCCACCUUUGCCAACAAUGUCAAUUUCACUGCUGGAGACGUCCAGGAUUGGUCCCUGGAUCAGCUGUACAAUUUCGAAAACUUUCAAGUGGCCGAAGAAAUGUUUGCCAGUCGAAGAUUCAUUGAGGAAUACGAUGAGACUGGGAAUAACUUUGCUGGAUUCUAG